AUGUCUGAAAUCGCAAUUGCUAGUAGUAAUAGCUUCGAUCUGGCCAAGUACGUGCUGGAAUCGGCUUCUGUCACCAAGGAGCCUGUCCUCUUCCACAUUUUGCAUAUCAUAAACAUCUCCAAAUCACGUCUUAGCCAGAGGGACGACUGGCUCGAGUACAGCGAUCCCAAUAGCGCGUCUGUAGACAGAUUGAACAAGCUGAAGAAAAUGGUGCGAGAGGUUAAUAUCGACGACGAUGGCCCUAUAGUGAGUGCAUUUGACGUGUACAAGUUGCUACUACAAGAUUCACACAAGAACGUAUGCUAUGCAUUCGAAAAAGAACCGCUAAGAUUCUUGCGAGAUCAACGGCAGUCGACAGGCACACCACUUCCAAUCCGUCUUGGGGGAAAAUUACUUGUGAAAAAAGAUACGCCCGUCUGGAACGGGGUUCUUUUUCUUGAGAAUAGGCAAUGUACGUACCUAGGAGUGGAUGCAAACGAUCCGUUGAAUGCUCAGCUCAACACUGGAUUGGUAGAAAAGUAUAUAGCCAUUUUAGACCAAGAGCUUAAGAGUUAA